AUGCAGUCAUCAGUAAUAUUCGAGCUGCAGCGACUUUGGCUGGAUGCGCGGUGCACCCCGCCUACUGCGGUGCAGCACAGGGACAAGGUAAGCGCAUUUCUCUCUCUCUUUGUAUCAACAUUCACGUCACGCAAGUCGCAGGCAUUUCAGACUCUUUUCGGUGACGGUGCCUCUCUGGUGGGGCUGCUAUGCAGAGACUUCGCCUCCCUCGCGCGUCAGUCGACCCACGAGGACGCUACACUGGUUCCUACCUUGUCGACACUCUCAACGGUGCAACUCUUCACUCAGGCAUUACGCUUUCUCAUCAGCGAUGACGAUAUUUCAAGUAGUGAAGUCGGACAGCUAGCGAGCGCUUACGAGACCAUUGGCGACUUUAACGUCGUCGCCUUAGGCCUCGUCCUUCACGAGCGUCUCUUACGCGCAAUUCGAACACAGGGGAGGGAUGCUGCUGAUUGGGGUGCGGUCGCUCAAGCUGACGCCUUCCUCCUUCAGCUUGUCAGCGCCGUCGUGUCGUGCCGGCACAGGGAUCUGGUGAGACGGUCGAUGCUCGAAGCAAUUCUGCCGGAGAACGUUUUCAGCGUUGCCAUGACAGCAGUGACAUACUUUUCUGCACCAGAGGAGGCUGGCGUCGAGGCCGCGGACGCAAGCUGCAGUAUUCUUCAUCAACAGCUCCCAAACGUGCAAGACGCGAACACGGUGGUGAAGACGCUGAGAGCGAUGGAGGGUGCACUAGUCUCGUCGCAGCGACGCACUUCUGACUCGGCGGCUGCGGUGUGGUCUCUCAACUGCUUCGUCUGCAUGCUAGACAGCAUCAUCUAUGCCAAGCAGCUCGUCGGAUUUUCGUCUGUGGAAAGCAUAAACUUUGACGUCAUCACGGCGACUGUGCUAAGCUUUGAGAAGGAGGUUGGGGAGAGCGGCAUGCCAGCCCUACGUCGCGUGGUGGGGAGUCUGCGUGUGCUGGCGCUGGCAGAUCGACCCGACAUGUCGAGUGGACAGUCAGCAAACACGUCUCUUCUGAGCAGUAGCUUCUUCCGGAUACUUCCCGCGUCAGUCGGCAGAAUGCAGCAGCGCAUCGUCGACUCGUGGGGAGCUGCAGAGCGGCGAGAGACGCCGCCAGAUGUUCGCUGUGAUGGCGCAGUUGAGGCUCUGGCACGUUUGUUUGUGCUCAGCACGCAACGCCAAAUGGCAGAGCUGUGUGGGCAGCAGCUUUUUCCGCUUCUCUUCAUGAGGGGCGUCUCGGCGUCACUCUUGGGGUUCGUGCUCUUGAUCUGCGCCGAGGGGGCACCGUGCUUUGAGGCGUCAAAGCUGUGCUCUCUGAUGACGUUUGUCGGAACACUCCCGUGCAGAGGCGCCGUCGGCGACUUUCUGCACGCCAUUCUUGAACACCUGCGUUGCGGGCGACUUCCUCUGCCCGAACAGCGGCUGUUAGUGGUGGACUUCUUCACUGAUUGGUGCGCUAAGGCGAGCACGAACGCCGCCGUGUCGCUGGCGCUAGGUGUGGUGCAGGCCUGCGUACACUGUCUGGUGGAGCUCGCGACCGACUCACGCGCCGGCGACUUGGAGACGUUUGUCGAGCACUUUUCUGUCUUGGCGAAAGUCUUACUGGGAUCGAAGGAGGCAGCGGACUCGCUGAUGAGUGAUGAUUGUUCUGCCGCUCUGCUGCAGGUGAUGCUGUCGGCGCUGGAGUCAGAGCAGCAGCACACCGCUGUGCUGCUCCGAGACGUCUUUGUGGGGCUAGCCCUAAAGACGAAUCUCUCCUGCGAUGCUCUUCUCGAACAAAUUGCGUCUGCUACCGACGCAGAUGCGUGGACGUCGCUGGCGACGCCGCUCCUUUCUACGUUAGUGUUGCUCCUGCACUCCUGCUGCCGGCACAGCCGAGCGUCUUUGCCGCACAAGUGCAUCGAUCUGUGCCUCUCUCUCAUGCAGUAUGUGGAGUGCGGCAGUCAGCACCCGCCGGUCGAUCGACAUCUGCUCGGCUGCUGUCUCAGCUUGUUGCUGACACUCGUCAGCUAUAGUGAUGUUUGGGAACUAGUGGAACGAGCGCUUGGCACGCUGCCGGUCAACUGCGACUACGUCCAGUGCAUGAUUGACCUUUGCACUGGAGUGCUACGCUCCAGCGAGAGUCUGACCGUGGCCGAGCGGUACUUCACGGCGCCUGUUGAGUCAAAGGAGCGCUGGACGGUGCCGUGCUUUGUGCACUUCGGUCCCUUUGCGGUGAUGAAGGAACCGUGCAUUGAAAUGCUUUACCCAGUGAAACUGCUGGUACGCAUGGUGGACACAAUGCUUACAGACCAGCACGCUGAUGCAGUGAGCGCGAUGGAGGCAAUGGAGCACCUGAUGUUGCACUCCGGCGUGACAAUACCGAAUUCCUACGUGAUUGACUUCAUUGCGCGCUGGGAGCGCUUCAAGUGGAUUCGAUGUGUGUCAAACGUGUGCGAUCCGCAGCUGCUGCCGCUGUUCUUUGCACGCACCACAACUGUAGCCACCGUCCAGGCGAAUCAGCGCGUGUGGCUGGAGGCGCUUGCCGAAAAUCUCGCCUCUGGGGAAGAGUCACGUCGCUACAACGACUACAUUCAUUUUGGUGAGAAAGGCGGGGCCAAAGGGCUUCUGACAUGCUCUGGUGUUACAUGGCCGCCGCUGGACGCGUACACUGCUGCGAUGUGGGUCUACAUGGAGCCUAUAUCCUCCAGCCGAUACAAGGAGCGCGUGGCGCUGUGGGAGCUAGAGUGGGAUGCGAUGGGGCGACACGUGUGCCUGUCUCUCGUGGCGCAUAUCGAGCGCCAGUGCUGCUUGUACAGAUGCGAUCUUGGUGGCGAUGUGACGGUUGUCGAGCUACCCGCGCUGCCGGAGCACCGGUGGGUUCAUGUUGCUACACUGCAUGCCCGCGGCAAAAUGUUUGCGUCGCAGAUAAAAAUGUACUUUGACGGGGUCGAGGUGGCGCGAAAAGGGUGCCCGUACCCCGUCGGAGGACUACAGACGGCCGCCGCCGUGGCCACAUCUCUCCCAUCUCUGACGAACCGCGAGGUCGGGCUCACUAUCGGCUCCCCGCUGGACGCCCGAAGAACCGACGCAAUCCUGCGCCUCAUCAGUUUUCAGCUCUAUGGCUGCGGUGCCUCGGUGCGGCAGAUCAGCUCCCUCUACGCGAUGGGUCCCUAUCCGUCUAGCCAAGUGUGGGACAGUGCUGGACAGCAUGUGUACGACCUGCAUGCUCCGUGCCUGUGCGAUGAGGUCGUGCGGUCUGUGGAGGCAUCCCUGCAGAGCGCUUCGCUAGAGUCGGUGUUGCGGGAACAGUCCGUGGUGCUAGCCUGCCCUCCCACAGUGUGCCUUGUGCACGUGCACGCCUUGGCCAUGAAGCAGGUCAAUACCGUGAUUGGAUACUUGAAUAACAAGCAGUGGGCACUACGAAACCUCGCUGCGUCGACCAAGUCUAUGUUGUGUCUGCACGGACACUACCAUCCCCCCCGAGACACCCGCACAACCACCGUUGAUGCUCUCCUGUGCAACGGCGCCUUUUGCGAGUGGAUGCGGUGGAUGCAGUGCAUUGCAGCCGGUGUGUUCGAUGCAGAGCGCGCGAGGGACUCGACAACCGCGAUGGGCAAUUCUUCUGUCUCCCCGGAAGGAGCAGGGGAAAGCCUCGCAGUGGUGCAGCAGACGGCGUACACAAUGCUGCGCGUGCUGAAUCUCAUCAAAACGAAGACAGACCUGCUUCCGCUGAGCUGGCACCGGUUCAUGGUACAGUUUGCCGAGCACGUCACCCGCUACCCGCAGAUAUACCUGCACCAUGCCACCACUGCCACACAGCUCUUGCAGCUGUGCUUGCAAACGGUAAACUACCGCGCCAAGGACCUCUGCGCUAUGGAUGAGCAGCUGUUGUCUAACUUGUUGCCACUGGAGCACAUCUUCUUCAACUGGCGCCUGCUCUCAAAUCUUCCAGAUGACUCCUGGGUGAAAGUCAUGGCGGUGCUGCGACAGUUGGUAUCGCCGUCAAACGCGUUGGCUAAGCUCAACACAGCACGCCUGCUCACGGCUGACUUCGUGAAUGGCUUUGUGUUCGGUCUGCUGCGCGAGUAUGUGGCAUUUCCGCGGCUCUUAACGGCGAUCGAGCUGGUGAAGUGCAUGUUGCUCACCGGUCAGGCGACGGAGGAGCUGAUGGAGCGAGUUCUGAUGGCGAUAGUGCUCACCGUGCCAGGGCCGAACCAAGGCGGUGCGAACAACACAGUAGAAAGCCACCUGGGCAGCAAAUUGGCAACCACGUCCUUUGUGUACCUUGUGCUGGCUCGAAACAUGUUUCUUCGUUGCCUCAACGAGGUGCUGGAGAUGACUUUGAAUGAUGGCAAUGGCGCUUUUCUCGCUACCUUCGUCUCGGUUGUGCCAGACUGGUGGUUCACGGCGAUGCUAUCGGGCAACUCCCACCCCGUCUCCGCGACGUUGACGCUUCGGCUCUUUGUGCUUUGUUUUCUGAACUCGAGACCCUUCCGUGACGCGUGCUCGGCUACAAAGUCGGAGUGCAUCUCGAGGGCGCUGGAGCCGCACUGCCACCAACGUGAGCUGAUGGACGUCCUCGUCCACGGGUACAUGGGACACUUGUGGGCGCUGAGCUCGUCCCAUGUGGGCUACAGCACAGAAGGGUGGAGCGGCAAGAGAGAAAUGGAGGGGUUGCUGGUGCUUAUCCUGCAUCUUCUCAAGGCCCAGUGCCAGCUGCUGCUGCGGGGCACCCCUGUGACGUCGGAGGAAGUGACAGUUCGCGGAUAUUUUAGCGCUUCCGCCGCCCAGGCCACUAGUUCUAUGGAAGGCAAUGUUUCGCCAUCUGCUGGCCGUUGGAGACGUGUUCGACUCGUACUCGCAGCGCUGCGUCGCAUGAGAAAAGCCGCCAGCGACAAAAAGAAGGUGAAGGCUGAGCGGUCUGUGUCAUGUUCGCUGCCGGUGACGCAGUGCACUGCCCCUGUUAGCAUACUCAAGGACUUGGUGUGCGAGGUGCUCGACUGGCUCACCCAGUCCUACCAACUCUCGAGAGCGCUCAGCAAGUCCCUUUAUCAGAGCAACAACACGGUCAACUUGUGUGAUUUUCUCAUAUGGCCGGUGUUUGUGGCACUGUGCUCGAAGGAGCCAAUUUCUGUGCAGCCGAGUGCAGGCGUCGGGUCGCCGAGCAGAACUCCUGCGGAGGAGGACGACGGCGCGGCGACGCCCAGCAGUGGGGCUUCCACUGGCGUGGACGAGGAGCAGGAACCGUGGGAGGUGCUGUCAGACACCACGACGUACGAGGCGCGCAGCUUCGGUUUGGACUCGAUGGGACCGGCAGAGGGGAUGGAGAACGUGUACGACGCGUGCAAGAUGUUCUUUCUCACGCAUGCCAGAUCGCGAGCGUCGAAUACAAGCUUCCUUGCCAUAUCCGGAGGCCGCACAACGAUGAGCAAGUACGUGCUCGCUCUUCACCGCGCGCUGUCGGCGGAGAUCAAGGGCGCCAGCAACCACGCUGAGGACGCUCGCAAGGCGUUUCUCUGCUUUGUAUGGCUCAAGGCAUCGGAGCAUGCUGUCGACCGCACAUCCAACGGCAACGCUGCGGCGGUGAAGCGCAACGCGAUCGAGCUGGGGAAGUACAUGCUGGACCGUCUCGUCAGCGGCGGCGCCGUUCCGCCGGCGGCAAUUGCGUCCUUCUACCGAUUUUUGCUUACUCAGCUGGAGCGCGACGCCGUGGUGGUGGAGAGUGCGCGCACGGCGCUAUUUGAGUGGUUUAUGUACGUGACGAGUUCCUCUUUUUACAAACUAGACGCUUCAAAGGUGGGUGUGGUGGUGGACAUGGUCUACAGCUGUGCUGACAUGCUCUUCUCCUACCCAAUUCCGGCGAUGGAGCUACUGAAGGUUGUCGUUGGCCGGCUUCUUCAAGUAACGGUGUGCCUGUGGAACAGCGUCGCCGACGACGACCACCCCUCCAUUCGGAAAAUGGCGGUGUUGUGGAAGGCGGUCCUCUGCUCGAACGAGAAGAACGCCUUUGUGACCACCCUCUUCAUGUGUGGUUCGCCAGUGGUGGACACCUUUCACGGGGGCUUCGAUCUGCUACUGCCGCCCAUCGCAUCUCCUGAGGCGUUCACGAUUUGGAUGCGGCAGCACCGUGCCCACGUUGCGCAGCUCCUUCGGUCUUACAUGGGACUCUCGUACUCUUUUGUCAUGGCAAACGGUGGCGAGCACCUGCGGCUAAUCACCCGCUACACCACCGCCUCCCAGGCCGAGUGGGACCGCCGCCGGCGUCACGUGGCAGCCAUGGAGGCUGCGCAGUGGCAGCUGUGGAAGGACACCUUUCUGACGACUACCUUUGUUGACUCAGCGCUGCUCGCGUGUACCACGAGGCGAUACCCAUACGGCUACGUGCUCAACGGCAGUGAAGCUGCUGUGGAUGCCGAGGAUGGUGUGUGCUGCGAGUGGUCAAUGGAUGACAGCGGAGCCGUCGGUCGCACUCGCCGCUACGUGACAGAGAACGUGGAUGAGGCCUCCAGUGACCCGCUCAGCUUUUACAUCCGAUACGCGCCUCCUGUGUGUUUGCCUCUGCGGCGACAGGAAGUGCAAAGUCAAGCGAUGCUGCUGCGCCCCAAUGCUCGCGCAGUGGUGGCGAAGGUUGCCGGUCAUGAAGCUAGCGGGUCGGUGGUAUUUGUGAGCAACGCCUAUCUUGUGCUGGGCACGGAAAGUUACAUCAGCACGUGCAUUCUCACGCAGCAAGCGUUGCUCAUUGUUACCUGCAGUGUGGUCACGGCGGCUGGCGAUUUUUUCGUAGAGCAGGUGCGUGUCCAUACCGCUUCGCAGCACCCCCACGCCAAGUCGUCUCUUCUGAAGCAAGCCUUCCGACUCUUCAUGCCGGGACAAGGCAAGACUAGCGGCGGCACAUCAUCGCAGGCCGCCUUCCGCUACUCGCAGUACUACCGCCAGUUGCAAACCGAGUCUGCUAAGGGAAGCAACGCACUAGUGUGGCGCUUUCCACUCGGCAGUAUCACGUCUGUACACCAGCGUCUCUUUCAGCACCUUUCGGCCGGGUUGGAGGUGGUGCUGGAGUGUGGCAAGUGUGUCUUUCUCGUGCUAUUGGACGAUGAGCUGUCCUUCUCAAAGGCGUCUCGUGACAAGCUCUUCGCGCACUUCGACAGUGGCUCCAACCCUCUCAUGUCCCGCAUCGCUGCACACCCCAUGAGCGAGAAGCUGGCGCGGCUAGGCAUCUGGACACGGCGGUGGGUGCGACGGGAGUGCAGCAAUUACAUGUACCUGCGCGUUCUAAACGACGCCGCGUCGCGCACCACGGCCAGCCUCGGCCAGUAUCCGGUAAUGCCAUGGGUUCUGAGUCGCUACACGGAAAGUACGCUCGACCUCGGCGAUGCCGGCGCCUACCGUGAUCUCACGAAGCCGGUAGGGGCGCUGAAUGAGGUGAAGGCAAAGCAGCUGCAGGCACGCUACGCAGAGUGGAUCGCGUGCGACCCGGUGGCGGACCCGCCGUACCACUACGGCACGCAUUACAGCACCGCCGCGAUUGUGCUUUACUACCUCAUCCGCUUACAACCGUUUACGUCUCGGGCUAUUCGCUUCCAGGGUGGCAGGCUGGACAUCGCCGACCGACUUUUUCAUAGUGUUGCAGAGGCUUGGGCAAACGGCAGUGGGCCCAGCAGGGGGGACGUCAAGGAGCUCAUUCCCGAGUUUUUUCGCGUUUCCCAGUUCCUGGAAAACCGCAAUGAGGUUUGCCUCGGCACCCGCAGCGAUGGCGCUGUGCUGGACGAUGUUGUGCUGCCGCCGUGGGCCGGGGGGAGUGCCGUGAGGUUUGUGUACAUGAAUGCGCUGUCUCUGGAGAGCGACGCCGUGAGUCAACAACUGCACAGAUGGAUCGACCUUAUCUUUGGCUACAAGCAGGUCGGGCAGGGAGCCGUGGAGGCGAUCAACGUGUUCAGUCCUCUCUCGUACAAGGAAGGAGUCGAUCGUUCUAUAAACCACGCUGCCACAGAGGAGGAGCGCAAGUCUAUUGUCGCCUCUGCUGACAACUUCGGCCAGACCCCGCUACAGCUGUUUAGUAGAGACGCACACCCGGCUCGUAAAGGUGUGCAGCAGGCACGUACUACACAGGCAUACAUGAUAGAGACCGUCACGGACAUCACGACGCGGCCGUGCCUGAGUGCGCAGAUCGUUGGAAAGGCACAAGGCGGUAUCUCAACCAUUUCCAUUGCCGAUGGCACGCUUUUCAUAUGCGACAGGUUGAGUGCCGUGGGGUUAGCAAAGCCGCUGCACCUCUUCUUCUACGAUUGCGACUUAGACAGCAUUGCGUGCACCACAGCACGAGGGGACCGCGUGUUGGCGACCAUACAGCCAGUGCGGUCGUCGGGCAGCGGCGACGUGCGUUGCCUGUGCACCUCUGUACGUGGCAGUGUCGUGUGCGUGGGCACGGACUCUGGUAAGGUGAUCGUGUACAGCCGCGAGAGCUGUCGACAUCGAUUCUUCAUUGUUGCUGUGCUGGACUCCGCCGUUGCGGCGGUUCUACGGGAAGCAGGCCCGGUGUCAAGCCUGCACCUCUUCGACGAAGGUAACUUGAUGGUAGCGUACGAGCGGGCGUCGGCGGUGUCUGGCUGGCACCUCUCAAUCUUAUCCACCGCCUUCACCUUCGCCGCCACCUUUUCUACCCAGGCUGACUGCACUCCUGUGAAGGCUAUCUCCCUGGAUAACCACACGGGGCUGUACUACGCCGCAAAGGCAAACUCCCUCGUCAUCUUCUCUGCCUCUGGUGUGAUGCUUACACAGCUGAGCAUGGACGCUCUUCUCAUGCCCACUGCCCCAGAGUACGCUACGCGGAUUGCCGGCUCGAGCAUCACCGCUUUGCUGUUUGCCAGCUGCUCCUCCUUCGCAUUCACAAAUCUAAUCCUCAUGGGUCACCUCAACGGCACAGUUUCUCUGUGGUGCGUGGUAGCUUCUCAGACCAUGACAGAUGAGACCUCAUCUCUCCAGGCGCCGCUAUGGUCUUUCAAGCUUCUGCACGAUGUCGUCUUUGACGCCCCCGUCACGUGCCUCGCGGCCUCUACCGAGGAACUCAGCUUUGUAGUGGGGCUUGCUAACCACACCGCACACUACAUGUACUUUCCCACAUCGCAGCUCGACAGCUCAUAG